GCAAUUUUUGCCUCUGAUCCUAAUGCCCAGCUCAAGUUCCGGACAGCCAGAUAAACCUGGAAUAAAUCCAGAAUCCACAUGGUCACUAGAGAAGGCCUGGACAUUGCUUUAGCCUCCUCCUGAAGAAAGAGGACAGAUGUUGGGAGAAGAAAGAUGUAUAUGGAAAGACAGCCAACCUGCUGGAACAGUUGCUGAUCACUGGUGACAAGGAAAGUUUAUUGGGCCCUUUGACCAAUUUAAAUUCAUCAUACUUAACCUCUAGCUGCCCUACCAGUUUGGAGGACUUGCUGACACACACAAAGCCCUUUAAUACCCAAGGGCUUUUCUUCAGACAGUCUUAAGCUGCUCGAUUUAAAUGAAGUCAGCCCAGGAAACCUCUUUCUGGGAUUCAUUUUUUCUCCACAUUAGCAUUGGGGAUGGCCUGGUUUUCUGUCCAUACUACACCUAUUGGGGCUUCCAUUGAUGGCUACCCUGCUUCUUACCCUUUCCCUCUGCAGAGCGAAAGAAAACAUCCAUUUCUUUAUUUCUUUUCCCUUGGAUCCAUCUUUGAGGGCUUGUGAUUUCUAUGAACUCCUCUCUAUUGACUCCUCCUUGUACUUGAUACCUUCCUAUCUGGUACAUCCCAGAGUAAAAAAAGAAAACACCACCCCCAUGGUCGUGCUAUCAUUCUUCCUGUCACUUGGAGUAGAGGGAAAAGUAUUGAAAAUCUUAUCAAUUACACUUAGUUAAAAAUUAAUAUAACAACUCUACUCUUCUGCCGCAAAAGUUCCAUCUGUGCACAGGAAGGAAGGAAGGAAGGAAGGAAGGAAGGAAGAAAGGAAGGAAGGAAGGAAAGGGUAUUUUCCCUGAGCUAAGAUAUAAUUAAAUGGCCCAUUCUAAGCAAUUACUUUUUACCAGUUUGCAAUUUUAAGAUCUGCAAUGGAAGGAAUAAAUGUUGUGUUAUACAUAGAAGUCAUUAGCUAUGAUUCCUUGACUUUUUUUGUGCCAUAAAAAUACCUCAUUACUCAUGCUGUCCAUAAAGGACAUUUAGUGAUAUCUUAUACACAUUACAAGAAAGAAAAAAACAGUGACUGUAGACAUUAGCCAUUGAGCCAUGUUACCAAAGGUGAUAAAUUCAAGUUGUCCUUGUUACUUCCCUUGAUUCAACUUAGAGUAACUAUUUACUUCCUGUAAUUCAUCAAAUGUUAUAAACUCAGCCCAGAUUAUUCACACUAAUACAGAAAAUUCACGUUAACAACUUAAUGCUGAUAAUAUCAUAGUUGUAGGGUCAUGAAAAAAUGUGUCUCAGCCUUAUAUAGCAGAACAGUCAGAAUCCAAGAUUAAAAGCACUGCUUCUUCAACCCACAAAAAUGGUAUUUCUUCAUUGAAAAUUCAGAUUAAUUCCAGGAUCAUUAAAUAAAUAGCAGCAAAUUCAUGGGAAAGGUAAGGCACACUCACUGUUCUUUUAUAAAAUGGAAACUGAGGUUAGACCAGCAGCCAGCUGAGAGAUAGCAGGAGAGAAUGGAAAAGCAGAUGAAAGUUGCAUCUAUUAUUAUUAUUACUACACAUUCUCCGAGUAUGAAUGAGAAAUACUUUUUAGUGGGGCUAUAUAAUGUGAUAAAAUGUAUAACCAUUUAGUCAUAUUGUAUAUUGAAGUUGCAUAAAUUCUUAUGUAAUUAAUAUUUAUAAGGUUUUUUUCCUUAAAUUUUAGCUGUUUUAAGGAUAUUUAACAUGUGAGAACUGUGCUUAAAGAUAUUACCUGCAGGAAUUAUAAACUGGAUGCAUUAUUUUAUAAUACAAGGUUCAUAAGCUGUUUAAUUUACUUAUUAAAAUAUAUAUAGUUAAAAUAUAUGUGAAUGCCUAGUGAUCUUCGACAAGCAUAUUCUUUUAAAUGCACAAUUGUUAGUGAUGGUUCUAUUUUUACAGUAAAUGAAGAGGUGAGAAGACCAACAAUUAUUAUUUCUGUAGACAUCUCUUCACUGCAUCAAAAUACUAAAAGUUCCAAUUGAACCGAAAUAAAAUGGCUGCUCUUAUUACUGAAAAUUUCCGCUUUCUUUCACUCUUCUUUAAAAGUAAAGAUGUGAUGAUUUUCAACGGUUUGGUGGCUCUGGGUACUGUUGGAAGCCAGGAACUGUUCUCGGUGCUUGCAUUCCACUGUCCCUGUUCUCCAAUUCGGAAUUACAUCUACGGUCUGGCUGCCAUAGGAGUGCCUGCUCUGGCCUUGUUUGUGAUUGGUAUAAUCUGGAACAACCACACUUGGAAUUUAGUGGCUGAGUGUCACAAGCGAGGAACCAAGAACUUUUCUGCAGCAGCCAACUUCUUGAUCUUUGGAUCUGUCAUGGGAAGAGCUGCAGUGGCUCCGGUCACGUGGUCAGUGAUCUCAUUGCUUCGCGGAGAAGCCUAUGUCUGUGCCUUAAGUGAAUUCAUGGAUCCCACUUCCCUGGAUCAGUUUCCACCUGGCUACGGACCAGAUAUCCUAGCUAGGUUUCCUUGUGACGAUCACCCAGCCAACAUGACACAUUUUAAGGAUGAAGUUAUAAGACGAUUAAGAUACGAGUCACAGCUCUUUGGAUGGCUGCUCAUUGGUGUGGUUGCAGUUCUCGUGUUCAUCACCAAGUGCCUAAAGCAUUGCUGCUCACCACUCAGCUACCGCCAAGAGGCCUACUGGAACCAGUACCGCUCUAGUGAAGCUAGGCUGUUUGAAAGGACCGCUGAGGUACAUUCCAAAGUUGUGGCUGCCAACAACGUCAAAAACUUCUUUGGCUUUGUACAUUUAGCUAAAGAGGAACAGGAACUGAUCCAAGCAUAUGAUGUGCAAAAUGUUCAGCCCAGGUCACAGUGGGAUGCCAUCACUGGAGUCUACAUCUAUCGAGAGAAUAAUGGCUUCCCUCUCUAUAGCCGCCUCCAUAAGUGGGCCAAAAAUGUAAUGGGAAACAGCUCUAAUCCUGAUAGCCAGGAAACAGCCUUUCUAGCUACCUAAUACAGGUAGUCCUCAACUUACAAUUAUUUGUUUAGUGACUGUUCACAUUUACAAUGGCACUGAAAAAAGUGAUUUAUGACCGUUUUUUGCACUUAUGACUGUUGCAGCCUCCC